GGUGUGUCUGUGGGAAAAGAACUGUGGAAGUUUGACACUCGAGAAGUCCCGUCCCCAGAGUACACCGUCUGUCCUCUUCAGAUUUCCGUGGACACAGAGGGACACAGCGCGAUUCGGUGUGAGGACUUGUAUCUGCAGAGGAGUGAAACACACUGUCCUCCACCAUGGGGGACGUUGUUUCCUCUCAUCUGGACGAAGCUAAGCGGGACAUGAUCUCAGCCUGGACUGAAAAGGUGAUGGGAGACUUUGGCCAUCUGUACAAGCAGCAGUUUUCUGUUGCUCUCUUUAACAAAGUUCGCUUCGACGUAGAAGGAGGAGGGGGUCCACAAACACAACUGUUACACCGCAAGAUUAAAUUGGAGAACAAGUCCAUCUUUUCUGGAUCCCUGCUUCAGAACAUUGAGGAGAACAAGAAAUGGAAGAACCGCUUCUUCUUUAUCUCAGACUCGUAUAACAUCAGCUUUUACGACAGCAAAUCGUCCUUUGACAAGCAGCUCCAUCCCAAAGGAACCAUUAACUGUGCCGGCUACAAAGUGCUGACCUCUUUGGAAGACUACCUAGAUCUGACUAGUAACAGCCCACCUGAUGUGAAAGCCAAGGUGGGAAGUUCACCCUUUCUAAAAUUUCCAAACCCAUUCCCUCUGAUUCUGUGGCAUCCUUAUGCCCGUCACUACUACUUCUGUGUGGCCACGGAGAAAGAGCAGCAGAAGUGGCAUGCUGUUUUACAGGAUUGUGUCAGACAUUCAAAUGAUGGUUUAUGCGAGGAGCAUAAAGUCCAAACACCAGCCUUUACUGAUGCAGUCCGACUCUACCGACAAGCUCAUGGGCACUACGGCACCUGGGAGAUGAUGUGUGGCGUUCCAUCCCAGAUUUUGUCUAACCUGGUGAUGGAGGGCCUCCUUCCUGAGCUGAGAGGGCUCAUCUCCCCCCACCUCAAAGGCAAACUGCACGAGAGGCAGAGGACCUGGAUGCUGAUCAGCGAUGCGGUGUAUAGCAUGGUGCAGGAGCAGUGCCAGGCUCAGAAUGAGGCCGUGGUGCAUAAGUGUGAGACGACCCGCUCCUCUCUGGAAGCAUCCAUCCGAACAGACAUGGACCAGAUCAUCUCGUCCAAGGAGUACGUCUCCAACAAGAUCAAAGCUGUGGUUCUCCCCAAGACUGAGAAGUUGCUGAAGGUGAGCAUCCAGCCGUACAUCAGCUCUAUUUUGGAUGCUCUGAUGGAGCCCACCAGCCGAGGAUUUUCUGAGGUCCGAGAAGUCUUCUUCAAGGAGUUGGUGGAAAUGAGCAAGAACUCCCUCAAUAAUGGGACUAAGGAGACCUUGGCACAGCACAUGGAGAAGAUCUCCAUGCUGGCUUUCCAUCCGGUGAAGAUGCAGAGCUGUUAUGAAAAGGUUGAGCAGCUGAGCCUGGAGGGUCUGCAGCAGAGGUUUGAUGUUUCUAGCCCCUCAGUGUUCAUCCAAAGAGCACAGAUCCUCAUGAGAAAGCAAAUGGAUGAUGCUGUGUAUACAUUUGAGCAGAUCCUUCACCAGAGUCUGGAGUCUCAGGGCACUGAGGAUCUCUGUAAGACCAUCCAGCGCUGUCAGGACAGAGUCAUUAAGAUGAUUGUAGAGUAG